CAUUCAUCCCAGUACCGCAGGGCAGUUAACUUGACGAUUUGCAAUUGAUCACACUUGGUGUGUAUACCUUGUAAACAUUGUUUUCUCCUAACCCAUCAGUUGUUCGCUUUGAGAAGAUAAUGCGAUCUUGAUUGUUUGUGUUAGAGAGAAUACUUCAAACAAUGUUUCUGUAAACGGAUUGAUGAUUAUUUACUAAUAUGUUUAAAAUGUAAAUACGACAUACGAAAAUUUGAGAUGGAUACACAAAGGCGGCGUUACAAGAAAAAUCCUGGAUCUGGUACUGAAGGAUACUUAAACCAGCUUCGACUUUCGACGUUGUAUUUCUCUCGCCUAGCUGCAAGUGGCAAUCGAUUUGAGAUUGGUGUCGAAGUAGCAUUGGCUGGAAAAUUCGACGAUAUAGUAAUGCAUCUGCUAGACGUGGAUCAGUAUUGCUUGGUGCAGGCUAAACAUAAGCAAGACGAAUCGAAGCGCAUCAUUAUGGAUGAUCUACUGAAAACGACUACCGAAUAUAGCUUGCCGAAAUAUUUUGAUUCGUUUCUCGGGCUGAAGCAAGAAGAAAUGUUCCAGGGUGAACGCCUUAAGUACAUUGUUAUCUACACCAACCUCAAGGUGGACGAAAACGUCAUGAAAGUAAUCAAUCCCGUUGAACCAGCAACGGACGAGUUUCUUCGCACGCUAAACGUACGCUGCAGAGGCAAAGAAUCGUCGCUCUAUCGCUUCAAUACUGAGUGCACUGACUUUAUUGAGCAGUUAAUUGAUCGCAUUUCGCCAAUCUGUGAGGUUGCGCGAAAAUUAGCCGAACAGUUAAUUCAGCGUAAAAAAAUAUCGAUAAAUCCAAAUGGUAUAUUUCACGAAUUUCAUACAUUACUUGUACGCGACGUAUUUGACAUAGAACGGCAAUUGUUUCGAGAAACGUUUCUUGCGGAUGAUGAAAACAUUUGUCCGUAUGUGAAAAAGUUUAGAUUUUUGCUUGAGCGAACGCUACGAUCUAUUUUGAAAUGCGAUGAUUUUUGCAUUAGUGAUCUUAAUAGAACAAUAGUCAAUGGAAAGCUGAAGCUACUCUUUGAACCAGGGUUCUUAUGCAAACCCAUUAACCAAGACAUAGCAGUAAAGGAUUGGAGAGACUACAGAGUGCAACGAGAAGAAGUGAUACAUUUUUUCGACCAUCUCUUACUAGCCACAGACCAGCCAAACUUUAUUGAGCUGGAAGCAAUAACAAAAGUGGAAGUGUUUGGGUUAAAAGAACAAGUGGAUGAGUAUAUGCGCGCAGUGUUCGAUCAAGUGGAUCGGUGGAUACGAGAUACGGAGGGACAGUUUCUUAAUGGCGACGACUGGGAACGAAUUUGCAGUAAUUCACGUGCUCGUAUUGUGGGUAAAAAGUGGUUGCUCAAAUCGGAAGAGUAUCAAAAAUCGAAUCCUGCAACAGGGUACGUGUUUGAACGAAAUACCCUCCUCGCUCCUAUAGAACAGUUUUUGGCUACAUCGAAAAAUCAUAAUAUGCUAGUAUUAGCUGCAUAUAAUGCUGAAGUGAGCGCUUCCAGAGUGUUACAAGCAUUGAUGACGUUGCAAGAACAGUUUGUAGUAUUUGAUGCACAUUUUCACGAUUUUGAAGAACUUGAAUGCUGUACACUGUUUUUGAAAAACAUGUCUCGUAAGGUAAUAGUGAUCGUGUCUAAUGACAAGUGUUGUCGUUCAGCUAUUAGAAAUGUAUGGCACAAGUUUGAUGUACUGACCAAUUUGAAAGCUAUCUACAUUGCUUAUGAUGUACAGAAGGAGUUUUUUUCUGAGAACAUCAAGUAUGUACAUUGCGAUCGGUUUGAGCUUCGCGACAUGAGUCAAAAAUCGCGUCAAAAGUUGCUUGAAAAGAAAAUCGUACUACAACAUCGUGAAGUUCGUUUAAGUGAUUUGUUGUCCGAGGAGAUUGCACUACGUCUUUUGGACAUGGAGUUCAUUUCUCAGUUGCUAAUGAAUCAGGUAGAUCCUAUAGCGUACAGUUUUAAGUAUCAAUGUCAACUUAAGGGGCAAUAUUUUGCUCGAAAACUGGCUAGUAAUAACAGUGUAGUAGAUGAAACAGAAUUUGAUCAGCUUUUAACUAACAAUAGGGCAGUGAUAUUAUCGAAUGUUCCAGGCAUGGGAAAAACUACGUUCCUGCAAAAGUUCAUCGAUCGGUUAUUUACCACCCUGCCAGAUCAUGUCAUAUGUCUUAUGCAUUUAAAGUUUUACACCGAAACUCUAGAAGAAAUUACAAAAUUGAACGCCAGUACACUCAGUGUAGAAGAUGCGGUAAAACACGUUACUAAGUGUUUUUUCGCCGCGGGUACUCGUUUUGGACAAGUACUGUUUCGUAAUGCCAUCCUAAAUACUGGGAAAUUGAUCGUAUUGGUCGACGGAUAUGACAGUGUCAUUAAUCGCUACAGAAUUUCUGUCGAAAAGGCAUCUCAGCUGUUUCUCCAACAUCCUUUUCGUAUGCGAAAUUUAUUGAUCGCAACACGACCUCACGAAACAGAUCAUUUACGAGCAGCGCUACCUCAAGCACGAAUCGUGUCGUUACUACCUUUCGAUGAACCGCAGUGCGUUGCUUUUUUAACCAGAUGGUGGAACUUUGAUAGUCAUUCAGCGGCCGUGAACUUACUUCAGUACUUGCGUUCUAGAUACACUGAUUGGAUCGUGGGAAAUCCAUUUCAGAUAAAGCUUUUAGCUGAAAUAUACGAAGAAGACAAAACAAUAAUAGCCAAUUUUGGUGCUCUACUAGAACGUUAUUUGGAGAAACAGUUUUAUGAAUCAAACCAACGUGCCAUACAGGUAAUGGGCAUCGGGCAACAACGGAUGGCUGCCGAAACGUUGAAACAAGCAGCUCACGAUGGGCAUUGUGAAGUUGCUGCAUUACUCACCUUUCACCCUGAGCAAACGAUCGACAUGUCGAAAUUUGGUUUCCUUCUUGAUAUAGGAUUGGUAGUGCUUGAGAACAAUUUGCUGAGGUUCGAGCACCGUUUGUUUCGGGAUUAUUUUGCUGCAGAAGCCUUGAUGCAAGGUAAAACAGUCGCUUACGAUUCUCAGCAGUUAAGGCAGAUUUUAGAAGAUCCACAGAAUGGAUACCUGAGUAAGCUUCUGAUGUACCAUCUGGGUAAAACAAAAAACGCACACUAUCGCGAGCAUUUCCGGAACUUUUCAGUCAUUCAAGGACAACGUAUCACAUCCGGCAGCCGUUAAUCAAACCAAAGACAAAUGAGUACAUAAAUUUUAGCUCCCUUCGUCUCGCUCAACUACAUCCUAUGACUUUAUACUACUAGUGCGCCAACAAAGUAGGAUGUGGUAUUCCAAGUACUAUUUCGUCGGAACGGAUGAUCAAUAAACUGUAUAAAGAAAUUUUCAUGUCCUUCUUAAUGGCAACAUCAAUCAUUUCGAAAGGAAUUUUCUAAUUACAUCGCUCUACGUGUACCGGCAAUUAGUGCACAAAUGCAUACUGAGCAUGGAUGAAAAUAGAUAACGAAAAGAGAAAGGCAUAAGCAAAUUGGAGGCACAGAGACAGGAGCCCUACAGUGUCGAAAUGGUGUGUUGUAUGACUGCAGCGGAUCUGAGAAGGUAUGCAGUUAUCACUGUACAGUAGUUGCUAGAAGCUUCUUCGAGGUUAUCGGUAAGGUGAAUUGUUGUUCUCAUUAAGAGCAUUGCUCACACAAUGCAGCAACAACAGUUAAUACUAUGAUAAAUUAUGUCGUUCUUUAUACGAUAAACGACUGAAGUUGUCUAGAAGGAGAAAUUCAUUAACGGGUAAAAAAUCAAGUCAUGAUAUAUCUUUGUAUCGCAUAAUUCGUAAUGUCUUAAGUAAGGAAAAAUGGAAUGAAAAGUACACAUUUUAAUUGGACAUGAAAUCGGUUGACGUAUUUUUUGCAGUCAUAAUUGACAUUUGUGCUGAUAAAUACAACGGCUACGCUAUAUAUAUACAUAGAUACAAAUAUAUCCAUAAAGCAAAAGCUUUCAAACGCAUAUGUAUAAGUUCAUAAAGUAAACAUAUACAUAAAUAUCCGUAUGGUAUACAUAUCUAACAAUCCAUUGAAAAAGAAAAAUAUGCAAUUCCGCCUCGAGCUCAUAGACUUGAGAUAGGGAAUCACAUCCUUCGUUCUUCCUAGGUUUGCAAAGGUUGAAAACCACUGACUGACACUAACAACAUAGCGAUACAGAGUUCAUUCCCCGUAUGGACCUAGCCGCUCAUACGUAUAAUUUAUCAAACAAUUGCAUCAAACAAUGAGAAGAAGGUGUCUUCCCCGAUCGAUUUAUUUUAUAUAUUAAAUUUAGCAAUACAAUCUCCACGUAGGCUGUAGCUAUCGUAAGCAAAUUUAUAAUAAAAUGAGAUAUGUGCAUUAAUUCAUGUCCAUAUUAUUAUUUGUUUACAGAACCAUUUAUUGUGCUGUUUUUUUCCGAAGAGUAUAACAAUAUUAUUUGAUUGUAUCAAGUCAUUCAGUGAUAUUUGCUAUAUUUAACUUGUUAUAUAACCUUAUAUAAAAACAUAUUACAAUGAACCCUCUCUUAUUUGAGAGGCGAUGGGACUGUCGAAUAAGAGGGGUUUUCAAAUUACAGAGGUGGAAAGUGCAUGAAAGGUCCAUGCAAACAAGAAAGAGACAGAACAUUUAGUAUGCAGCCUUAACUGUUGUUAUAGGAAACUGCGAACAGGAUUGCCAAUUUGAGCAUACAUCAUUCAAUAACUAUGGCAACACCAUACACAAAUAAGAGGGACACAGAUUUCAGAGGUUUUCCAAAUUAGAGGAACAAAAAUGUACUGGAAAUCAAGGGACUGUGCAAAAUGUUCAAAUAAGAGAGGGUUUUCAAAUUGUAGAGGUGUCAAACAAGAGAGGGUUCACUGUAUGUCUUAACCGGAAAACAUAAUGCUCUAUCCAUAAAUUACUUUCCACAUUGUUUUAGCAGUGCAUUUUUUUAAUAUACUUUUUUGUAUAUUCAUAUUCAAAUUUAUUUGUCUACCUUUUGGUUACACAAAUACUUAAAUAAUACUUAUUACCUGAUUUCCUAACCUAACAAAAAUAAACACAAAUUAUCUAAAAUUUGAGAAAAUUUUUUUUUUUAGAAAAUUAGAAUUUAAAAUUUAAAAAUUUAAAAUUAAGGCAGCACGGGAUUAUGGAGGGUUCUAAUGCGGGAUCGGAAAGAGGAUAAGGGAAGGUUGAAAUCAAACAUAGAAUAUACACAGUUAAAUCGACGAAUUGCACGAAGAAGGGGGUCAUUACGGCCCACUGCAGUUCGGCGGGAAGGGAUCACUAGGGGAGGGCGGUUUCGAAGAACACGGUUAGGGGCGUAGAAAGGGAUAGAAGAAAGACUUACGGGAUAGAAGAGAAAGGGAUAGAAGAAAGAUACUUGCUAUUCGUUCAAAAAGGCAAAGUUUUAAUGUUUGGACUCGAUUCAUUCAUUGCGGUUACAGAAUGUGUUGUUUUAGCAUUCUGAAUUAUGUUGCUUCGCAUAAAAAUUACAAGGCAAAUAGUUUUUCUCAUAAUGACAUUUUUGCAUGACAGCUGAGUCAUUGGAACGGAUUAAACUCGUUAUGUGAGUAAACAUAGUAAACCUAUUUUGCAACUAUUCACUUGCAUCCAGCUUGCGAUUUAUGAAAAUCCAUGUCCAAAUAUGUUUAUACUGAUGUUAUAGUGUAUUAAAUUUAUUGUUAUAAUAAUAUAAUGAAAUUAAAUAAAUUAACCAUUAAACAAUUAGAAAAAUAAUUGGGUUAUCUCUUAUCGGGGUUUAAUGAAGAUUUAUAUGAUCUACUAACGCAGUAAAAUUUAUUUAGACGAAAUUCACUUUGAAGUUAACACGGAAUAACUAAUCAUUAGCCAGUAGUCUUUCAGAGAAGCUGCUCGUGACAAUCGUCGCAAAUAGUGUAUAGACUGGACAGUUAAGUGCCAAUUUGAUUGAUAUGUUUUUCAAUUGCUUUACUGUUAACAUAUCUAUUGCUUAAACAGUAUUUAAUUUUAUUUAGGGAAAUUUGGUUGCCCCAUACGGUUUGUGUAAUUGAUUUAAAAGAAAAAUAAUUUUGUCCACCAAUUACAGCACUGUUUCAAUCUGAUACUGCACUGCUGAAGGGUAUACUGAAAUGGAUUCUCUUGUAGAUAUGCCAACCAUGGAUUUGAGAUCGCACGUUUGCUACAGCAACAAAAGGGCGUACCUAUUCGUUGCUUAUCGUUUACUUUUGACAAUUGAACUAAGUGCUCCUUAGUUAAACAAACUACCGAUAGAAUUGAUUUAUUGUUGCAAGCAAGCAAGUGUCGUGAGUGAGUGAGAGCAAGUGUCCUAUUACAACCGCAACCAAUUUCGUUACUUUUGUGACAAGUACUGUUUAUGUAAGUUGAUGCUAUUAAAACCGUUGGUAGAAAAUUACCUCUUGAUUAUGAGCAACAACUAUUUUCUCUUAUAUAAUAUUCAAUCAAUUCAACAAUGAAUAUUCAAUUUAAAAUGUGGUUUAAAAAUAAUUUUUGAUGAACAUACGUACGUACAUAUAAGUAGUGUUUGCAAAUAGACCUCGUUUAUUUAUUCUAUUCAUCUGUAAUAAUAUUGUAUCCACGUUUUGUUUAAAAAUUUAAAUUUCUUUUUAUAAAUGUUAAGAGUAAAUUGAUCGUAAACCAAUUUCUUGAGAUUGUUUGGUUAUGCUGGUAGAUUUGGUGUAUAGUUCAAAUUCGAAGUUUGUUUAUGCUCAUACCUCUAAGAACAGUUGCACGGAGGCCACAAACAUCAUUCUGAUAGCGGUUACGAGUUUGGUGAAUUCUAAAGAAACGUUGAAAGUUUCAAUCGCUGGGAUAGACAUUUUGGAUUGAGGUAAAGCUAGUUCAGCAAGCAAGACUUUUUGUAUGCAGAAAUCCAAAACUUAUAGAGCAUGUUGACGCUCAAUUUGAUUGUGCGAAAAACAUUUUGAGUAAGAAAAUAUGUUUUAUUGAACAUUAUAUUAAUAGAAGCACACCGUAACGGAUGUUUAGUAUUAAGAAUAUUAUUUGUGUUUUUUGCUUAAAGUAUAAACAACAUCAUGACCAGAAUGUUUGUAGAUAAACGGCUUUAUUAGAGUGCUUUGUCUUCAUAGUCAUUAAAACAGAGAAAAGUAAAACUGAUUGAAGCAUCAUUCAUACACCGCAAAACAAGCUUAAGCUCUAUUUAUGCUCCUGAAGUGUAGAAUGCAAGAGAUCUUACCCAUUCUUCCUGUUUUAGGAACCUUUCUCAAGCAAUUAGGAUUUGUUGGCAAAGUUUACAGUCAUUUGAUUAUUGGGCUUGGACUCUGCAUACCAGGAAAGGAUAUGCGAUUUAACAGUAUGUGGUGAAACUUUCCUAUAAUUUGUAUGAAUGCAAUUGUCAGAAUCUAUGGGUGCAUACUGUUGGCUAAAACUUAGUGACGUUAACAUAAACUUUGUUUCACUGGCUGGAAAAUAUUGUUUAGAGAAGAAAGUGUAGGUUAGAAAUACAACAACGAAAAACUAAUUACGUUUUGAUAAUGAAUCUUGUGACUUAAAGCGAUUUUAUAACAUUUGUUUCCUAUCAUUGGUGUUUUUCUGUUUAAGUUUAAAAAAACGCUACCCUCACUUAAAAAUCAACAUAAAUUACUAUAUUUGCUAGUAUGCUCUUGUUUGCGGGCUUCUUGUAAUUGUAAAUGUAUUUAAGUAGAAUGUUUAUUGAUAUUCAAUGGUUUGUUUAAAUGGCUUAACAAUAGCUAACGUAAAGCAAAUAUUUUUAAAGACUAUCUUUAAAGUUAUCCAUACUCUACAUUUAAACGUCCAGUUAAUAAACAGACUGCAUAUAACCCAGAUCAAAACCGUACAAAAGGACAUAAACAAACAAAAUAAGGAAAGUGAAAACGAAAUACAAUGAAAACAAAUAGCACAUGAGACUCACGUUUGCAAACAGUCAAGGGAGACGAGAUGAAGAGAGGCGACCUCCAAAAAUAAGAGCAGCGGUUACCAAAACUAUUUGAACACUCGUUUUUUUGCGAUUUGAAGAAAAAUAUAAUAUAAAUAUAAUAUAUAAAACUAAUAUAAAACUAAUAUAAAAUAAUAUAAAAAACUAUAAUAUAAAUUAAACUUACUUUUGAAGCUAUUUGCAUAUGAAUAGCUAGAACUGCCGGUGGUUGUGCCGGUCUCGUAGUACAGUCGUAAACUCGUACGACUUAACAACAUGCCCGUCAUGGGUUCAAUCCCCAAAUAGACCGCGCCGCCAUACGUAGGACUGACUAUCCUGCUAUGGGGGGGAAUCAAUUAGUCACUGAAAGCCAAGCCCACAAGUGGGUACAGGCAGGCCUUAACCGACAUCGGUUGUUGAGCCAAAGAAGAAGAAGAAGAAGCUAGAACUACUCCGGUCCGGGCCGGUCUGGUGGUACAGUCGUCAACUUGGACGACUUAACAAAACAUGCCCGUCAUGAGUUCAAGUCCCGAAUAGACCGUGCCCCCAUACGUAGGACUAACUAU